AUGCCCGGGGCCCUGGAGCGCGAGGAGGGCAGCUGGGCCUGGGCGGUACUGCUGGCCUCUUUACUAAGCCAGGGCCUCACACUUGGCUUCCCCACUUGCACUGGCAUCUUCUUCACGGAACUGCAGCGGGACUUUCAGGCCAGCAACAGCGAGACUUCCUGGUUCCCCUCCAUCCAGACAGCUGUGCUCCAUGCAGGGGGGCCCCUGUGUAGCAUUCUGGUGGGACGCUUCGGCUGCCGAUCGACCGUGAUGCUGGGGGGCGUGCUGGCCUGCCUGGGCAUGGUGACAAGUGCCUUUUCAAGGACCUUGAGCCAACUCUACGUCACAGCGGGAUUCAUCACAGGCUUGGGCAUGUGCUUUAGCUUCCAACCAAGCAUCACAGUGCUGGGCUUCUACUUCACCCGCCGGCGGGCACUGGCCAACGCGCUGGCCUCGGUGGGUGUCUCCCUGGGCAUCACGCUCUGGCCACUGCUCUCCGGCUACCUCCUGGAGAACCUGGGCUGGAGAGGCACCUUCUUCAUCUUCGGGGGAGUCCUUCUGCACUGUUGCGUCUGCGGGGCCAUCCUGAGGCCAGUAGCCCCCACUGUGGCCCAUGAGACUAAAGAAAACCCCCCUCCACCACCCAAGAGACCUGCACCUGGUUGCCUGGCAACGUGUGGCCAGACCAUCCAGCGCCACCUGGCCUUCGACAUCCUGCGGCACAACCCCAGCUACCGCGUGUACACCCUGGGUGUCAUGUGGAUGAUCAUGGGCUUCCCGCUGCCCCACAUCUUCCUGGUGCCCUACGCUAUACGGCACGGGGUGAAGGAGCAGCGGGCCGCUCUGCUCAUCUCUAUCAUCGGCUUCAGCAACAUCUUCCUGCGGCCUGUGGCCGGGCUGGUGGCGGGCCGGCGCAACCUGGCCAACCACCGCAAGUACCUGUUCAUCCUGGCGGUCCUGUUCAACGGGCUCACGAACCUGGUGUGUGUGGUCUCAGCUGACUUCCGCGUGCUGGUGGGCUACUGCCUAGUGUACAGCGUGUCCAUGAGCGGCAUCGGCGCCCUCCUCUUUCAGGUCCUCAUGGAUCUCGUCCCCAUGGACCGCUUCUCCAGUGCCCUGGGCCUCUUCACCAUCCUGGAGAGCAUCUCCAUCCUUAUUUCCCCACCGCUGGCUGGGUUGCUUCUGGAUGUCACCAACGACUUCCACUACGUUUUCUACAUGUCGAGCUUUUUCCUCAUCUCGGCAGCCCUCUUCAUGGGUGGCAGCUUCUGUGCCCUACAGAGGAAGGAGGGGCAGAGCAGGCCAGCUGAGUCAGGAGCCAGCGUGGACGCUGCUGCAGAGAGGAGCCUUACCCUAGAAGGCACAAACAGUGCCGAGAAGCAGUUGAACCCUGAGACCAUAGGGCACAACAGCUGGAUAGGAACGCAGAAGCGCACCGCGCACGCGCGCCGAGCUCAGCGAAGCUCGCCACACCCCUUCCGGCCACGAUGGGCGGGGUUUGUACGACUUCCGCUCGACGUGGGGACUCGGCUGUUUAUAGCUGUGAUCCCAAGUGACUACACUUUGGGCUUCCAGUUUGUUUCCAGGUCAGACACUUACCUGAGACGCACUCCACUGCGGUCCCCUACACCCAGUCCCAGUUAA